CCGAAGUGGGAAUUACGUUCGGUCGUUCUUGAAGGUCAAGGUGGAUCCAUUCGGAGAAAACCAAUAGGGUGUUUUAUUGGUGUAUUUUCGGAAAGAGAUCAAGGAUCAAGGAACAAAAUGUUCUACAAAUACUGCGGAAUGACCGGGGCUCUUGUUCCAUCAUCACAGCUUGCAGCAUAUCAGCCACAAGGUGUGACACCAUACAGUGGGAGAAUCUCACAGAUUCUGUUUGAUUCAUCAAAGACGAAAGCAGUGAGUGAGCCUGAAGCAGUAUACCGUGGUUCGGCCCCAGCAAGAGGUGUAGCUCCCUCUCCCCCACAGGCUGCCAGCAUCCCCACAACUGGAUCCGGCAGCAGAGGAAUUGUUCCUGCUAGUCAAGAUUACAGCAAGAUAGUUGCAUUACAAAAUCUUAUGACGAAAAGUGAUGGGAAGCUGGUGUGGCAGAAGCUUGGUCGUGAUCGUGGGAUGUACAUAUUUACCCUAGGGCUCACAGCUAUUGGUACCGUCAUGACUGGUGUCCUGCUCUACAAACUCUCCUUCCCCACCAAACCACAGGACUGAUGAUGGUCAACUUAGUUCAGAAUGUAUGUAUGUAAGAUAGUUGCUGAUGUUGCUGGGCCAGACACUCCGUGGGCACACCUCCAUACUGGAACAGUUCUUGGCAAUACAGCCUUGUACAAACUUAAUAAAUCAUCAAUAUUA